AUGUCUCCAUAUAGAAUUGUGUAUGGAAAAGCUUGUCAUCUUCCAGUGGAGGUUGAACAUAGAGCUUAUUGGGCAAUUAAAGCUUGUAAUUUUGAUGCUAGCCUAGCAGGAGAAGAGAGGAAAUUGCAACUCCAAGAGCUUGAGGAAAUUAGGCUAGAGGCAUUCGAGAACUCACGGAUCUACAAAGAAAAGACUAAGAAUUUUCAUGACAAGCACAUUGUAAGUAAGGAAUUUAAUAUUGGUGACAAAGUGCUUUUGUAUAGGUCAUGGCUCAAGUUGAUUAAAGGUACAUUGAGAUUUCGUUGGGAAGGACCAUAUGUUGUAACUAAUAUUUUUUCUUAUGGAGCUAUUAAGGUUAGGGAGGAGUCCACCAAUUGGAUUUUCAAAGUUAAUGGGCAUAGACUCAAAUUAUUCCAUGAGAAUGGCAAUGGAGAGGUGAUGCAAAGGAUGAGCACUAUUGGUGCUAUCUACCCAAUUAAAGGGGAGUUUGUUCCAACUUAG